AGCGCUUAGCGCUAUGUGAUUUGAAUUAUUCUCAAACAAAUAAAUCUGCUUUUAUACUUUAUCUUUAUUAUAUAUGUUUUUUUUAGAUUUGUGUGUCGCAAAAUAACAUAAUACAUAUUGCAAAUAAAAAUGAAAAGAUUAAAAAGUGUAUCCAUUAAUUUUUUUUCCAUCACACGAGGCCCGAGGGUACUUCAAAUAAUAAUAAAUAAGUUUUGAUUGUCAUCCUUUAUUUUUCUACAUUGUUUUUGAGUGCACGUGCUUAAGUUUAGGAAAUAUUCGAACAGCAUGGAAAAUGAAGAAAAACUUUCUCUUAACGUUCUAGAAGACCGACCCUAUCGAUAUUUACAACAAAUGGCAAAAUCUAUUGGACUACCAUCAAAUUUUAAGAAAGUCUAUUUAAUAGAAUUGAUACAAGCUAAGAAGUUCAAAACUGAAAGAGAAGUUAAUACUAUUAUACAUAGAGUUAAACUUGAGCGAUUGCAAUUAUCAAAAGCCAGAAGAGAAAGUAAAAGAAGAAAAAUGCAGAUGACAGAAGUAGCAUCAACAAGCAGAUCGUGCUUCUCUCCACCCAUAACAAUGACACCAAAGCGUUCAAAUCAAAUGUAUGUGAGAUGCAGUCCGGAACAAUGCAGACCUCUCAUCACUUAUAAUCCAAAACGGAAUUUAAUACAAAAUCUUAAUCAAAAUCCCACACCAAAUUCAGCAUCUUCAUGUGGUAGAAUAUUAAGAAGUUUUAAUAUGAAAACUUUAAAACCAAAUUAUGCAUUAAUGAAUGGUCAGGAUAUAUUUAAGUCGCAUACAAAUCCAAAAGAAACGAAAAUCAAAAUAAUAACAAACAGUGGUGGAUUCCCUCAGUUCAACGUCACUGCUAAGUGCGUUGUGAAAAAGCACAGGCCCAGUGUAUUGACCAAUGGGAAGACAGCAUUGAAGACACAUUUAAUGCUAACACAAAGCAUGGAUUUAUUACCAAAUCCAAUACCAGCAAAGCGUCAACGAACUCUAAGCGGUAUAUAUCCAUUAAUACCUUCAGAUACAAUACCAAGAAAUCUUCAAACUACCGAGAGUGUUUGUUUACGUAAAAUAGACGGUAGUUUGACAAAGAUCAAUGCAUUAGUGCAGAAACGUAAUAUAGAUAUUAUACCACGACAAAAAAAUAACUUCAAAAAUACUGAAGUAAAUAUUCAAGACAUAUUGAAUAGCAUUGAUGCCAAUACAGACCAUAACACAGAUGGUAAUAGAAAUAAUGAAUAUUUGCAAACACAAUAUCCAAAUUUAUCAAGUAUAGACACGGUAUACAGUAAUAUGUAUAAUACCCAAGCGCCUGGUAUUGAAAACAAUAUAAAAGAAACUGACAUGGAUAUUUACUCAGUUUAUUAUCACAAAAAAAUCAGAGCCGAACAAAUAAGAUGUCAACGAUUAAGAGAAAUGCAACAUAAUGAAAGAUUACCGAAGAUCGGUGAUGUUUUUAGUAAAUUCAGUGAUGUUUAUAGGAGAGAUUUGACGCAGCCUCUGUAUGUGCAAGUCAGCACUGAAGCCGAGAGAAGUCAAAAUCAUCCAUUUUAUGUUACCCGAGGUCAGGCAAAUACAAUUAUGCUGGAACAUCUAUACAAUUUUAAAAGUCAAUUAAUAACAAACGCACCGUUACUGCAAAUAGCAACUACGUCCAACACAAAAUGUGUCUACAGCACACCUAUUAUUGCAACUGCUGUGGCGCAACCCUCGACGAUUGUGUCGAACGAAGCUUAUGUUUCUUCGUUCGAGGUGGAUAGUCACCGUAAUCAACACGACAUAGAUCCGAGGAUGUACGAGUUCCUACACUUCUCAGAGCAGACGCGGAGGAAUUAUUCACAUUGUGAUGAUUUCAGUACAUCGACGUCAUCUUUGGGCACGUCUCAAGACAUAAGCACGACCGUCUCUAUUCCGGAGAUGGUGGAAGAUGCACUUGAAAUUAUAAGUCAGGAUGGGGAUUAUAUGGAAAAAAUCGCAAUGGACGUGAGUGUGCAAUGCGUGCUCUGUACCUGGGCGGGACCCAAGAUAUUACUCGAAUAUCACAUCAAAAAGGAGCACGCGCAGGCCAUCCACCGGCAGCGCGGCAGCGAGUGGGCGGUGCCGUGGGCGGUGCCGGCGGCGGGCGCGGCGGGCGGCGCGGCGGGCGCGGCGCGGCACCUGCUGCAGCUCGGGGACGCGCUCUACGUGCUCAGCGCGCGCUACCGCGACCCCGACUGCUUCACGGCCUGCCUCGCCUCAUUGUCAACGGAAAGCACACAAAAAUUCGGCUCUAUAACAAUUUACAACAAAGUCUCCGGUGAACCAUUCUCGUGGAGUGGUCACAUACAACCGCUACCGCCCAACCUGCCAUAUGAAAACGAGGCCAGCUGUCUCAAAGUUGAAUUGUCUAAACUAGACUUACUACCCAAUAGCGCUAACUUAAAACUAUUCAACAGAGAGUUAGUGACAGACUCACCGAGUAAAGUCAUUAUAGGGCAGCCAAUAUUUAAUGAUAUACAAUUGAUAAUAUUUGUUAGGAUUUUUAAUUAAAACAUUUGUAUAAAUAUUUGCAAUGCUAGGGCCACAUAUCUGCAAAUGAACGAACAUCUAUAAUGUGAAGAUGCUAUGAAAGUAUUUAACUACCAAAUGGUGUUAAAUACCAUAUCCUUCGAUAAAGUCCUUAUUAUAACUUUCAAGAUUUUC